GUCGCCGCGGCCUCUCCGGUGUGACGCGUCGCCUCUCUGAGACGUCAGAGCUGGUUCUGUGUGGCAGAGCGCACGUGUCCGCACCAUGUACCAGGUCCAGCCCGUGCGGGGGCAGGUAGACGCACACCUGCCCACCUGCAUGUACCUGCUGCCCAACGUCCACGCGCAGCACGCGCACUGCGGCACGCCCGAGCACGCGCUCCAGAAUGGUGAAGUGGACCCUGCAGUCAAAGCUCUGGAGGCCCGACAGGAUGAGAUCAUGAGAAAGCUGUACGAGCUGAAAGCAGCCGUGGAGGGCCUGGCCAAGACCGUGACCACCCCAGAUGCCGAUCUGGACCUGACAGUCAGCAGCAGCCUCUCGUCCCUAAGCCCCACCUCCACCUCCACAACCUUCAAAGGUGUCACUGACCUGGACACACUCCUGGGCAAGGAUCUCGGUGCUCUCCGUGACAUCGUCAUAAACGCCAACCCUGCACAGCCCCCUCUGACCCUGCUGGUGCUCCACAGCGUGCUGUGUCAGCGCUAUCGAGUGCUCUCCACCGUCCACGUCCACUCCUCCGUCACCAGUGUGCCGCCACAGCUCCUGUCCUGCCUCGGCCCGCGCCACGCAGACAGCUAUGCCCGCCAGAUGUUCCAGAUGGGCUUCACACUCAUAUGGAAAGAUGUCCCCAAACUGCAGAUGAAGUUCAGCAUCCAGAACAUGUGUCCCAUCGAGGGUGAGGCCAACGUGGCGCGCUUCCUCUUCAAGCUGCUGUCUCCUUACCCCAGUGACCCCGCUGUGGCCACACUGGUGGACAGCUGGGUGGACACGGCUUUCUUCCAGCUGGCGGAGGGCAGUGCCAAGGAGCGGGCUGCAGUCCUGCGGGCCCUCAACUCCGCUCUGGGCCGCAACCCCUGGCUGGCCGGGUCCGAGUUCUCCCUGGCUGACAUGGCCUGCUGCUGCUGCGUGCUGCAGAGCGGCUCUGCCUCCUCUACUCCCGCUAACGUCCAGCGCUGGAUCAAGUCCUGUGAGAACCUGGGCCACUUCAGCCCUGCCAAGCUAUUUCUGAAGUGACUGGGACGGUCCCGGGAUCAGAAACCAGAAGGGUGUCUUACCCAAGCAAAGUGAGAGAAGGGCAUUAGAGUAUUAAAAUGAUCCCAGCCAUGUCUGGAACCCCCUCUAAUGUUUCCCUCCUUACUGUAAUAUAUCAUUAAACUGACAAAGACUAAAAAGCAUCAUGGUUGACGGUAAAGUAACAUAUUUGUCUCUGCCAUGUUGCUUUUGUAUAACAAAGGGAUUCUUAAGCUACUUUUGCAAGGGAGGAAGCAUGAGAGGAUGUAAAGACGAGGGCUGGUGAUGGAUUAAAUCAAAGGUACUGACAGAAACAACUCUGUACACUUUCCACCCACUUUGUGCCUAACAUGAUCCUGGUCUAAAUGUGUGUGGUGACGGGUAUUACAAGGGGUUUUCAUGGGUAAUACUUUGCACCAUUUGUUUUAUUUUAAGACAUUAAAACUUCCACUUUGGAUGAAACUUUGAA